AUGGAGUGCAAAUUUUCAAUAAGAGAUUUUUACAAAGGCAAGAAUAUUCUGGUGACCGGGGGCUGUGGGUUCAUGGGCAAGGUGCUGAUCGAGAAGCUGUUAUACACCAUCCCGGACAUUGGGCGGGUGUACUUGUUGAUGAGACCGAAGAGGGGGAAGACUGUUGAACAGCGGCUUGAACAUAUGCUCAGUUCUCAGAUGUUUAACAGACUCAAACGUGAUCAAAAGAGAGCUGUUCAAAAAAUUAUUCUAAUACAAGGGGACGUCCUCACAGAUGACUUAGGUAUAUCUAGCGAAGAUAUGAAGACCCUUUCGGAGGAUGUAUCAGUGGUGUUCCAUUUGGCAGCCACUUUAAGAAUGGAAGCCACACUGAAAGACAGUGUAGCGAUGAACACCGUGGGGACCCAGCGCGCCCUCAGCGUCGCCAGGAGGCUCAAGAAGCUGGUUAUGUUUGUGCAUGUGUCGACAGCGUUCUGUUAUCCUGACUAUGACGUUUUAGAAGAAAAGUUCCACGAUCCACCAGCAGACCCCCAUGACGUCAUCCGCCUCUGCGAAUGGCUGGACGACAAGCAAGUGUCCCUCCUCACUCCAUCUCUCCUGGGCAAGCACCCCAACACAUACACGUACACGAAGCGGCUAGCGGAGAGCAUGGUCCACGAUGCCUAUCCGGACAUGCCUUGCGUUAUUGCUAGGCCCUCGAUCGUUUGCCCCGCAUACAUCGACCCCAUGCCCGGCUGGGUGGACAGUCUCAACGGGCCCGUGGGCCUGUUGUUGGGGGCCGGCAAAGGAGUCAUCCGGACCAUGCUCUGUGACGCCAGUAUUUAUGCACAAGUCAUUCCUGUGGACGUGGCCAUCAAUGCCAUGAUAGCGCUCGCAAUGAUUGAGGCGACUAAGAAAAAAUCUAAAAACAUACCUGUCUAUAACCUGAACGCGGGACACCUAAAACCAACGACCUGGGGUGAAGUGUUAAACUACGCUAAAGAGAUAAGAUGGAAAUAUCCUAUGUCUUGGCCCUUGUGGUACCCCGACGGAGGGAUUACUACCAACUAUGUACUACACGAAACCAAACGCAUUCUAUUUCACCUGGUGCCGGCAUAUCUCAUUGAUUUUCUCCUCUUAAUAGCUGGACAGAAACGACUUAUGGUAAGGAUACAAGGAAUAAUCUCAAAUGGGUUGAUACUACUGCAAUACUUUACCACGCGGGAGUGGCAUUUCCCCUGUCCUAACUUCGACGCUAUCCACACAAUAUUGUCAGAGGAAGAAGACCAAAUAUACCAAACGUAUAAAGAAGAUUUUGAUAUAGAGUCGUAUUUAUACAAAGCCGUGGAGACAGGACGAGUUGUCUGUUUUAAGGACGACCUCUCGAAAAUGCACAUCUACAAGAUGUAUCUUUAUUUCCUAUACGUGUUGGACUUGCUGGUGACCAUCGUGUUCUGGUGUUUCGUGUUGUCGCUGCUGGUGGGGUGGUGCGAGCCGCUGCGCGCGCUGCUGGCCCUCGGCGAACCGGUGCUCAGAUACCUGCCGUUUCUGGGCGACGCUAUAAGAACUUGA